AUGUUUCGCGUUCUUCGCCAUGCGCCGAGACUUGGUAGGCAGACAGGCCUCGUGUCUGUCCGCACACCCGUCAGAUACGCGUCAAGGGCGCGCAAACCUCCAGCAGCUCCUCCUCCCCCAUUGCCACCGACAGCCGUUGCGCCGUCGAGGAUACAGCUGCGCGAGUACCAGGAAGAAUGCAUUCAAGCAGUCCUCUCCUACUUGCAGGCAGGCCAUAGGCGUCUCGGUGUCUCCCUCGCAACAGGCUCCGGUAAAACGGUCAUCUUCACCCAUCUGAUUGACCGUAUACCUGCCGUUCGUGAUGCCACCCAGACCCUCAUCCUUGCCCACCGCCGUGAACUGGUAGAGCAGGCUGCCCGCCACUGCACCCUUGCCUACCCGGACAAACACGUGGACAUCGAAAUGGGCAACAGCAGCGCCUCGGGUGCAGCAGACAUCACCAUCGCCUCUAUCCAAAGCAUAAUGUCUGCGGACAGACUGCAGAAGUUUGAUCCAUCACGGUAUAAGCUCGUGCUCGUAGAUGAGGCACACCACAUCGUCAGCUCGACCUACCUUGCAGUGCUGGAGCACUUUGGCCUGCGACAUGCUUCCGACUGGAGUGGAAGCCAUGUUCCUGCCUUGGUCGGAGUGUCUGCCACAUUUUCUCGAUUCGACGGCAGGAAGUUGGGCUCGGUCAUCGAUCACAUUGUCUACCAUCGCGAUUAUGUCGACAUGAUUGAAGAGAAUUGGCUCUCUGAUGUCAUUUUCACCACGGUGGAGAUGAAAGCUGACCUGACCAAAGUCGGCUCUGGCGCCAACGGCGACUUCCAGACUGCGGCUCUGUCGAACGCAAUCAACACCACAGAGACCAACGAGCUCGUCGUCAAGGCGUGGUCAGCAAAGGCGAAAGGCCGCAAUUCGACACUCAUAUUCUGUGUUGAUUUGAGUCACGUCACGAACCUGACGACUAAGUUCCGGGAAUAUGGCAUCGAUGCACAAUUCGUGACUGGCGACACACCGCCAAAGAUCCGCAGCGCCAGAGUAGACUCGUUUCGAAACGGCGAGUUCCCCGUACUCCUCAAUUGUGGCGUGUUCACAGAGGGUACGGACAUUCCAAAUAUCGACUGCGUGCUCCUGGCACGCCCGACCAAGUCGCGCAAUUUGCUCGUGCAGAUGAUCGGACGAGGCAUGCGUCUGCACAAGGGCAAGAAUAACUGUCACAUCAUCGACAUGGUUGCUGCACUAAGCACCGGUGUUGUGUCCACGCCGACAUUGUUUGGGCUCGACCCUGGCGAGAUGGUCGAGCAGGCGGACUCAAAGAGUAUGGCUGAACUGAAGGAGAGAAAGGAGACCGAGAAGCGGCGCCAGCAAGAAGCCGCUGCUCUGAAACAACGGACCCUGUCGAAGAAGCUGCCUGGCGCCAUCACCUUCACUGACUACGAUUCUGUCCACGAUCUCAUCGCAGAUACGAGCGGUGAUCAGUACAUCCGCAACCUCAGCCAAUAUGCAUGGGUUGGCGCUGGAGAAGGCAGAUUCAUACUCACCACCAACAGUGGUAACUACAUCAUCAUCGAGCCCUCCGAUACAGCAGAAGGCUGCUUCCGCGCCAAGUACUACCGGAGGCUGCCUCGGACUGAAACCAUAAAGAGUCCCUAUGCUGCUCCUCGGGUCAUCGCAGAAGGCGAUUCUUUCGAACAUGUCGUGCACGCUGCCGAUACAUACGCAAAAGGCGUCUUCGAGCACAUGUGGAUUGCGAAAAACAUGCCAUGGCGCAGGAGCCCAGCUUCACAAGCCCAGGUUGAGUUUCUCAACAAGACACGGCCCAAGGAGGAUCAGCUGAAGCCUUCCGAUCUAACAAAGGGCAAGGCAGGCGACAUGAUCACAAGGCUCAAGCAUGGAGUCAAAGGUCGAUACGCCAGGGCUUCCUCGAAACAACGUAGUGAGGUGCGGACAAGAGAGCGCGCUCAGACCUUGCAAGAGAAACUCUCCGGUCAGGUUCGGGUAGGGCCUCUGUCACACGUCUGA